AUGGAGAAGAUUGUUAAAGGAGCUACAAAAAUCAAGUUGGCCGCACCCAAAUCCAAGUACAUCGAGCCUAUUCUGUCUGCAACGCAUGGAGGAGAUUCUGGUGUCGCUGAAGUCUUCCGCACUUUGCAGAUACGAUUGCGGGAUUCAACAUGGACGAUUGUCUUCAAGUCGCUGAUUGUGGUCCACUUAAUGAUAAGAGAAGGGCAGCCGGAAGCUACAUUGAAGUUCAUUGCUGAUUCACCAAAGCGCAUUGCGAUCAGUGGAUUUGCAGAGGUCCAAACCCAAGGUUUGAAUAUUCGAAGAUACUAUGAAUACCUCAUGGAACGAGUGCGGGCCUACCGCGAUACAAAGACAGACUAUGUCAAGUCAGGAACGGGCAAGAUGCGAAAACUUACGGUUGAAAAGGGCCUCCUCAGGCAGACGGAGAUAGUCCAAGACCAGAUACAAGCCCUGAUUCGAUGUGAUCUGCUGAACAGCCCAGAUCCAGACAACGAAAUCACAUUGACAGCCUACCGUUUACUGACGCUCGAUCUGCUUGAGCUCUUCAAGGUCAUGAACGAGGGCACUAUCAACGUUUUGGAGCAUUAUUUUGAAAUGUCUCGACCCGACGCAGAACGAGCAUUGCAGAUUUAUAAGACUUUUGGAAAGCAGACGGAACAAGUAGUGCAGUAUCUGAGUCUGGCGCGACAGUACGAAACGUCGACGAGAUUGGAGGUCCCGAAGUUGAAGCACGCACCGACGACGUUGACCAGCUCGCUGGAAGAUUACUUGAAUGAUCCAGAUUUCGAAAUCAACCGCCGACAAUAUCUUGCACAACAAGAAGCCAAAAGGACAGGGAAACCUAUCUCCUCGGCGCCGAAAUCGACAACGUCUUCUAAUACAACAGCACAGAGUCACACAACCCAGCAGCCGACCCGGCAAUUACCAAAGGGGCCAGCACCGGAUCUGAUCGAUUUCUUCGAGUCAAUUGAGCAGAACCAGCAACCUAUGGCUUCACCAAGCAAUCCUCAACAGCAAUUUCAGCCAGGAAUGAUUCAGAGCCAGCCAUUUCCCCAAGGACAGAUGCCGCAGCAAACCGGGUAUAACCCCUUCAUGCAGCAACAGCAGCAGCAGCAACCUCCGUUCCAAGGCCAGCCUAUACCACAGCCUGCGCCCUUGCAGACCGAUUUCACCGGCGCAGGUUUUGGUGGAUAUGGCCCUCAGCCGCCUCAACAAACACACGCUUUUCAGUUUCAGUCUAACCUUUCUCCCAUUCCCCAGAAUGGGGUGGCGGAGUUCCAACAACCACCGCUUCCUCAGCAGCAGAUGGCUAUACAACCCCAGCAUACAUCUACGAACCCAUUCCGUCAGUCAAUGAUGCCAACAGGCCCCGCGCAGAUCUCUCCCAUGAGUGCAGGUCCUGUCCGACAAUCAACUAACCCUUUUGCGAAGCACAAUACUGGAGCGGUAACUCAGAACGGGCCUGGAUUUAGUGGCAAUGCCUUUGAACAGACUUUCUCACCUAGUCCGAUCUCUCCAGACCAAACUUUCAAUUCUACUUCAUCCUAUAGCUCCCAACCUCCCGCACUUCAGCCGCAGCGAACGGGAACGAAUCCAUUCGCCAAAAACCGGCCUGCUACUGCAGGUGGUCCGGUGACUACCAAUGUGACGGGGAGCACGAAUCCGUUCAGACAAAGUGCUUUUGUGAAUCAGGAGACUGGACAGGGGUGGCAACACAGUUCCCAGGGGACAUUUUCAGGGUUUGACGUUAACAAUGUAAACACGACGCCAGUCUUUCCAAGACCAGGGCACAAUUAA